UGGAUAUAAAAAUCAUCCAAUCAGAUAAAACAUAAAAAAAUUUCGUCAUUUUUCUCAUAAUUGCAGUUCCUGUGGAUGUUUAGUAAAUGAGUGAUACCCAUAGAAAACUCUCAUCAAUUUUUCAAAUUUAUAUAUCCUAUAAUGAAUACUUGUUAAUAGUUAUACCAUUAAUGAUAUAAUUGGAAUAAUUCUAAUAUGCCUAAUUGAUUGUACAAUAUCUUGCAGCUGUUUCUUUGAACGACAAAUAGUCCAAGUUCGCAUAUACAUACUUGAUGUAUGCGGAGAAAUCCAAAUAGGUACGAAUAUUAUUAUUGAUAUUUGAAUAAUUAUUUGAUUUAUAAAUGCAUUUAUGUUAAUAAUUUUUACAAAUUUGUGAAUGCCCUUUCACAAAAUCAUUACUAUAUAUUAGGGGGUUGACGCUGGUAAGUUCGUCAGUUGUUCAUCGACCAAGUCAUACAGUAACACAACCAAACAACAUGAAUUCCAUCAUCAUCUUCCUUUCUUUGGCCACUUUGGCUUUAGCCGCCCCCCAAUACGGCGGAGGCUCUGCUGGAGGCCUUUUGGGCCACCAUCAACCCCUCGAUCAUCACAUCAUCGGCCUGAGCCGUGGCCAAGAAGAAGAGGAGAAACACCAUGAGGAAAAACACCAAGAAGAGAAACACCACGAAGAGAAACACCACGAAGAAAAGCACCACGAUUCCAUCGGCUUCACCGGAUCAGACUUCCACACUCCCGUGGAUGUACACCACGAGAAAGAAGUCCAUCUUAAGGCUCACCCUGAAUACCACUACGACUUCCAUGUAGCCGACCACAAGCACAAGGACUACAAGAGCAAACAUGAGACCCGCGAUGGAUACAAAGUAAAGGGAUCGUACAGCCUUUUGGAGCCUGACCACAAGACCAUCAGGGUGGUAGACUACGUUUCCGAUAAGAAGCUCGGAUUUGUCGCCAAAGUAUCCUACAAGAAGCACCAGUAAGGGCUUGACUGUACUAUACGUUGUUUUCUCGUUAUCGUAUUGUAGUUUUGUUGUGAAUGUUGUAUAUUGUUGCUGAUGUUGUUGUGUAAGUUGAC